CCAAGUAUCUAAUCUUCGAAGUGCUUCACAAGCUGAUUGAAUACCAGGGCAUAGUUCUAUAUAAUCUGUGAGAGAAAGGAAGAGUUUUGCGAUCUUCGAAGCUGAGAAAUUCGUUUAGUUGUGAUUUAUUUUAGGGGUAGUGAUCAGAUUGCUGCUUGUUUGCAAGUUGUGGGCACAUUUUCUGUGUGUAGCGUUGAGUGUACAUUUUGAAGAGUAGCUGAUUCAUUGCUGCAGAACGUGAGUGGUAUUCAUCCCUGCUGUGCGAGAUGGCGGAGACCCUGAUGGACGGGAGGUCGUUGAAGAAAUUUGUGGAGAAUGACCAAUUGUGGUCCAAGUUCGUUGAUGAGAAAUUUGCUAAACUUGAUAAGGGCCACACGGGCAAAUUGAAACACUCUGAUCUCGAACCAGCCAUCUCUGGGGUGGGAAAGGCCUUGGGUAUGCCUCCUAUGGGCAAAGACCCUGAGGCCGAUCACAUCUACUCUGAGAUGUUCGGCGAAUUUACACGGUCAGGGGAAGGGGUAACGAAGGAAACGUUCUCGACUGUGAUGCGUGACAUACUGUUAGGGCUGGGAGAUGGCCUCGAGAGAGAACCAAUUGCCAUUUCUCGACUGAAUGGAAGCAAAUUGGAGCAGUGGGCCCGAAGCCCUGAGUUUGAGAUUGAGGCCGUGGCUGCCUUCGGUGCUAUUGACACCGAUGUCAGUGGUCACGUGAAAGCUGGAACUAUUAAAAAGGCCAUGGGAAGAAUUUCCGUGGACCAAGGCAUGCCUCCUCAGUCCGAUGGUUCGGUUUCCGGGUACAUUGACAGAGCAUUUCAGGAAGUUGGAAUCAACGUGAAGCAGGACUUGGACCAGUUUCAGUUUGUGGAUGUAUACAGGAAGGUGGCACUCGCAGUUGCUAGGCAGAUGCAAAACAAACCUCUGACGGUGGCGCAUACUGAAAAGAUUUUCGAUGGUAAACUUAUUGGUACUCUCCUGAAGGACAAGGCUGCUUUGGACCUGGCUUUGGAGUUAGCGUGGGAGAUCAUGCCCAAGACGAGCAAUGGUUCUGCACCGAAGAGCUACCUCCGUGUUGGAUUGGACACAUUGGCGCCACAUGCAGGUUUACCCCCUGUAGGAGCAGUGCCUGAGAGACGAGGUAAGGCUCGACGUUUGCGUAUCCAAUGCCUGCUCACGGCGUACAUGAACCGAUCCGACCACCAUCUGGCCCUUGGCUACUCAUUCCACCAUUGCUCAUCUCUAGCGAUACACAUUGAUUGCAAGAUGGCUGAUUCUACCGCAAUCCUCUGGGGCGACAAGGAGAUGCCACCCACAUUGAGGGGCUCUAUCCAUCGAGGCACGACAUUCAAUGUGACAUCCCCAAUUGUGCACAAUACCAAGCAAAUCCAAACGACAGGCGUUCCUCGGCGACGACCGCCAUCAGGGCCAAACCCUGAAGGAAACUUUGAAGUGAACGCCGCUACCAAAGGGAAUGGCAAGCAUGGAACCAUGGUACAGAAUGUGGAAAAAAGUGCAACAUCUGCUGCUGUCUUGCAAAAAAAUACAUGAAUGAGCAGGCAAAGAUCAAUGCAUGAGCGGUCGCUGAGGGCUACCCAUCUGGAACGUCACUCGAAACCGUUGGCAAUUUCUCAGAUAACAUUAUCUAGAGGAGAUUGUAGCAUUGAUCCUUCAGAUACGUGCUUCUUGAAAGAUUUGGAUCUUAGACUCGAUAUCUUUAUUAUGUGCAUAGUACGUCAAUUCGUCCAUAAAACUUUAUCCAGCUGCAAAAAUAUAAACUUAGAAACAUUGCUGGAGGUGAGAGUUUCGUUGGAGGUAGCACGACACUCCGCUAAGAGUGUUUAUCAAAUACGUUGUCGCUAAUUUUCUCCUCAGAAAUAGCUAAAUUUUGUCAGAAUCAAA